CAUUAUUGAAAUAAUGUAGUGGCUCCUUGAUCAUCCGAGUUUCCUCUCAAAUCCUUUCUACAUGGGUGGUGAUUCAUAUGGUGGGAAAGUAGCUGUGCUAACUGCUCAUAAAAUUGUUGAAGGAAAUGAAGGUGGUCAGAAGCCUCUAAUCAAUAUCAAGGGUUAUCUAGUUGGUAAUCCUGUAACGGGUGAAAAAGUUGACACCAGCUCCCAGGCUCAACAUGCUUAUGGAUUGGGAAUUAUUUCCAAAGAGCUUUAUAAGCUGAUAAUGACACACUGUGCUGGAGAAAAAGACUUCAAAAAGCCUCAAAACGUUCUUUGUGCCACUCAUCUUGAGACAUUAAAUGGAUUUCUAUCAGAAAUUGAUAUUUAUAGUAUACUGGACCCCACCUGUCCUGAUGAAGCUCCAACGUCAGCUAUGAGGGCUCUCAAGGAGAAUCAAGAAGAGUUCAUCGACUCACCAUUGUCAUCAGUUCCUGAUAUUUCUUGCAUAACCGCUGCUCUUCUUGCCAAUUACUGGGCGAAUCACCAUCUUGUGAAAGAGGCCCUCCAUGUCAAGGAGGGAACAAUUGAACGAUUUCACCUUGAUAAUUUCGAUGUGGAUUCGUAUUUCUACACACGAAGCGUCCCAAGCAUUGUACCUUAUCACUAUAGUCUCAUUACUCGAGGAUUUCGAGCUCUAGUUUACAGUGGUGAUCAUGAUCUGAAGAUUCCAAUCUUGGGCACGUUAGAGUGGGUAAAAUCUCUCAAUUUUUUCGUCUUGGAGCCACGGCGAUCGUGGCAUGCUGGCGGGCAAGUUGCAGGAUACACCAUUUUGUUCUCAAACAAUUUAACUUUUGCAACUGUGAAGGGGGGUGGUCAUAUAGCACCAGAUAUAAUGCCAUUCGAAUGUUUUUUUAUGUUUGAAAGAUGGAUUUCUCACCAGAGUCUCUGAUUUCAGUGAAUCAUUUCACUUAUUUUGGGGAGGAGAUAUGAUCCUUUUAUGUUGAUUAAUAAUAGAAAAUUUAUGUAUGAAUCAAAUGUUAUUGUCUUUUCCCUGCCUUCACUUUAUAUUUCUAUGUUUUUCAAGUUGUAGGAGGAGAAUAUCAUGCUGAUUUGUCA